AUGGCCGGCUACUAAUUUUCCCAAAAAAAAAAAAAAAAUUCUCUAUCACCAAACACCCUCUAGAGAUUCACUCCAUCAUCCAAUAUUCACGGAUGCUUUCACAUUCAGCAUUCCGUAAUUUUAUCCAACACGAAACCCUAUGUUACUGAGUCAACUCCGCUAUAUACCCUCGUCUCCGACCAAACGCUUCUGUCUCUCCGAUUUAUUUUUCUGCCCGUUCCUCUCCCUCUCCGGCACUUUCACAGAACAACAAGAAAAAACAUAAAGAAAGAAAGAAAGAAGGAAAAUAUGGAAGAUAAAUCUAUUCCUUUCGAAUCAAGUCACUCCGAACCAAGCACAGAUAGCAAUCACGGAUGGCAAAAGGUGACAUACGUGAAGAAGCAGAAGAAAAAGCAGCAAAAGCUGGCGGAUUCAGGCAAGGUUAUCGCCAAUGGAUCCGCCGUUCCCGGCGCUGAUAAUGUGUUUAAGUCGCUCGAGAAGCAGUCCGAUGAACGCCGCAAGAGAAUUGCCGCUCAGACGGCUGCGAUGUACGCCGUUGGAGAUGCUCCAGUUAGAUCGGCGCUGAAACAUCGGUCGGACGAUGAAGAUGAGGAUAGCGAUGCUGAAGGUGCUGUAGGUGGCGCUGAGAAUGGUUUGGUGGGGGAAAAGAAGAGGGAGAAGGUAAAGAAGCUGAAGAAACUGAAAGUUACUGUCGCUGAAGCCGCUGGGAAGAUCGAUGCAGCUGAUCUAGCUGCUUUUCUAGCUGAUAUAACUGUUUCGUAUGAAUCUCAGCAAGAAAUACAAUUGAUGCGAUUUGCGGAUUACUUUGGACGAGCAUUUGCGGCAGUGACUGGUUCACAAUUUCCGUGGUUGAAAUUAUUCAGGGAGUCCCCGAUAAGUAAAAUCGCAGAUGUUCCUGUUUCACACCUUCCUGAACCAGUUUAUAGAAAUUCAGUGGAUUGGAUCAACCAACGUUCUUUCGAGGCUCUUGGAUCAUUUGUGUUGUGGGGACUGGACAGCAUUCUUGUGGACUUAACAGUCCAACUAGCAGGUUCUAAGGGCUCCAAGAAAGGUGGUCAUCAAACAUCGUCAAAAUCUCAGGUCGCCAUGUUUUUGGUUUUGGCAAUGGUACUACGACGAAAGCCUGAUGUUUUAAUCACCAUACUCCCGAUGCUUCGGGAAAGCCCAAAGUAUCAGGGACAAGACAAACUUACAGUUAUUGCAUGGAUGAUAGUCCAGUCCUGUCAGGGCGAUCUAUGUGUUGGAUUGUACUUCUGGGCACAUCAUACCUUGCCUUUAGUUGGAGGAAAAACAGGUUCCAAUCCGCAGAUGAGGGACUUGAUUUUGCAGGUGGUAGAAAGGAUUUUCUCUGCUCCAAAAGCUCGUACAAUUUUAGUAAAUGGGGCUGUUAGGAAGGGACAACGGCUGAUGCCACCUUCAUCCCUUGACCUGCUUCUACGAGUCACUUUCCCCGCUCCUUCUGCGCGAGUUAAGGCAACUGAAAGGUUUGAGGCAGUAUAUCCCACUCUUAAGGAGGUUGCACUUGCUGGUUCCCCUGGAAGCAAAGCAAUGAAGCUAGUUUCACAACAGAUACUUCUACUAGCUGUAAAAGCAGUUGGAGGAGGCAAUCCAGAACUAUCUCGAGAGGCAUCUAACAUAUUCAAUUGGUGUUUGACCCAGAGCGCUGACUGUUAUAAGCAGUGGGACAAGAUUUACCUGGAUAACAUAGAAGCAAGUGUUGCAGUGUUGAGAAAGCUCGCUGAGGAGUGGAAGGAGUUAUCAAGGACACAGUCUUCUCUCGAGGCUUUAAAGGAGACUCUCAAGAGCUUCAGGCAAAAGAAUGAGAAAUCAUUAAUUGGUGGAGUGGAUGCUCACCGGUCACACUUCAGAGAUGCAGAUAAGUACUGUAAGAUGUUGUUAGCGAGUCUGGCUCGUGGACGUGGGUGUCUGAAAGGAAUCGGUGUUGUUCUUUUGGCUAUGGCUGUGGGGGUUGCUAUUGUGUCACAGAACCUGGAGGAUUGGGAUUGGAACAAGUUUUCAGUUUUGCUCAAUGCCCCGGAGUCCUAAGUUAUCUGCACUAGAAGAGUUGAACAUGGAGUGUUCUUUUUUAACAAUUCAUGGUCUCAGCAGCAAAUGAAAAAUUGGUCCACAAAACUUUAUUUAACUUAUGAGAAACAGGUAGCUACAUGAAAUGUCAUUGGAUACUGAACCGGAAAGUGGAGAAAUAGGGAUACUUAUUUUCAGAAAAGGACGAGUCAUGUUGAAUUUAUUAAGUCUUGUUUUGACCCGUCUGUUAGUUUGAGUGGUCGGCAUCUUAGACGUUAAUUCAGUUUUCAACAUCUUUCAGUUCAAGCAAAUUGAUCAUUACUAGAAUACUGAUGUAAUUUCAACGGGUAUGAUAAUCCAAAAGGAUUCAAUCCUUGCCAAAAUAAUUUUUAGGUG